AUGGAAACCAAAAAAUUUAUUGGUAAACCGCUUCAACCAGCAAGACCUGUUCGUCAUCUGACUUCUCCCCCAGAAGCAGUGUUUCCUUUCAACUUUCGAAAUGAAUAUCCUUGCAACACUCAGUGCUUACAAAGUGGAGUUAGCAGAUGUAAGACGAAUGGAAUGCAAACCUUUUCUCAAGGUCUUAAUGAACAACAGCAACAUCAGUCUCCAGUUAAAAAAGAGAGAAUUAAAUACAGCAGAGAUUUCCUGUUGAAGCUCUCAAGUAUUUCCAUCUGCAGGAAGAAACCAGACUUUCUUCCUGAUCAUCCUAUUGUACUUCAAAAACCAGAAAACAACCAAAAUUUUAAGUAG